UCACCAAAUGUGGUCAGGCUUACCUUUCUUCUCGCAAUAGUACAAAAUAUUACUUCCUCGAGAAAACUGAACCAAAAUAAAUCUUGCGCCUAAUUAGCAUUUACACUGUUUAAAUGGAUGAGGGUACAUUAAUCAUUUUUACGUUUUAUUAACCAGCCAAACAGUGAUUGAUACAAUUCACACAAGGAUGUUUAUUGUAUAUUGUGGUGAAUUUCAUAUGGCCCAUACAGAAGAUAAAGAACUGAACCGAGUUUAGUAAACUAUAUCCGUGUCAUUGCGUCAUAUCUGCCAUGAAGACAUCCAAUCAUCUUCUGCUAUCUUUGGUGUGGGUUUAUUCUGUGACAACAAAGGAACUCACUCUUCCGGCAUAUAACCUUAGAUCCGCCUCAAAUCACAAGAUCCUUUCCCUUCCGGGGGCCACCGGCGGAAAAGCCGUAUUGGUGGGACAUGAGGAACCACUGUCUCUCAAUGUAUGCAUCAGAAAAAAGUCCAUGGUGAGACUCGACAACCUAAGGUAUUCCAACAACAAUUUUUCUUUAUUCUUUAAUGUGACUUUCAACAGUGGAGAAUGGAUGGGGACGUUCUACGCUAAACCUGGUGAAGACUGGGCCAUUUUCAAAAACACUGGAAUAUUUCCUCGAAGAUACGCGCUAGAACCUGGAUGGCACGUGAUCAAGAUUUAUGUGAUAGAUUAUUUCAGCACUAAUGCGGAAGGAAUUGCUGUGGACAAGUUUGUAUUCAGUGUGGACGAUCCGUGGAUGGACAAUGAUAUUCUGUCAUGCAAAACCAUCUGCACUGAGAAGGAUAGUUUCCCCACAAAAGUUCCGUCUGUUGGUACCAGUGUGUUUCCUUCUAGAAUAGAGCAGCGAUCAUUUCCGACUUCGUGUGCAGAGGUGGACAACGUUGACAUACCCCUGUACAAUGCGCACGUCGACAGCUUUGCGAUUACUGCUUCGUUUCCUCAGUACAAAUCCUUCUCAAACAGGAGAAAUGAGAACACCACCAGCUGCCCACAUUUAAGCCCGGAACUAUGGCGAUUCGAUAACUUUAACCUGAGUUCAUCAUCGACAGAACUAGUUUACAAUAAGACAGCCAGGAUGUCAUUUUAUUCGUCUUCUACAAAUGAAAUGAUUGUCAUUCUUCGUUUUGUUUUGGAGGGACAAAAGAAAGGUAGUGUAGAUUCAAAAAUUGGGUCAUUGUUGACUUUGAAGUUGAAGAAUAUUACCACUGCUGUGAUUGUAAAAAUGCGCUAUAAAGAAAAGUGGGGGAAUCUGUCAUUACCGGAGAUAAAAGAAUUCACAUCAGAUGAUCUACAGUACACCUGGUCAAUUCCGGACUUCACGUGGACAGAGGAUAGUCUAAACUACAUCAUUCUAACAGUACAAUCGGAAAAUCUCAGGAUAUUCGUAGAUCAUUUGAGUUUGCAGAAAAGGGCUUUCAAGCCUGAGAAACACGUAACGAUAUACAGAAGUGACGAUGUACACAUAGUUGCCGUCUACGUGGAAAUGUGGUGGUUAGCUCCCGAUAGAAUGACCAUUCACCUCACCAAUGGCCAGACCUUUGAAGGUGUUGCUUAUCUACAGGUGUACAGACCUAUCCCUUGGAACGAUGGAUAUUCACAAGUAUUUGUACUGUACCAAGAUGGGAAUGCGCGUUUAAUUCCAGUGACCCCCGACGGACUAGAUUGGAUCCCAUUCGGUACGUCAGUUAUUCUUGGGCAAACGUACAGCGAUUCAAUACGACCAUACACCUCUAUUACACAACUUACAAUUGACCCAGAACGAUGGACGAUGCGUCUCCUUUACAAAGAUGGAGGUUCCCUUUUAUUGAAAAUUAAAAGUAGUUACAGCGAAACCCAGGCUUACGUGUCCGACAUUUUCUUUACAAGGGACACGUACACCCUGCCAUUUGCAACUGUUCGGUCAAUGUACGUUGCUGAAGGAAACACUGAUGUGGACAGUGUGAAAGUUGACAAUGACAAAACUUAUCACGUGAUGGAUCAAUGGGGUUAUAUACAAGGAAGAAGUUUUGCAUUUUAUCGAAGCUGUAUCUCAAAACAUUUAACUCUUAGUCCCGACAUCCAAAUUGACGUGUGGAAAACCAAACAUAAAUGAAAAAACUCCAACAAAUAAGACAAAACAUACCAAUAAUGCAAUGGACUACUGAUACCUUUAAAGGCAGCUAACAUUGGGAUGAAAGCCACACUUGAUGAAACUAUAAAACUGGGAAUCACUAGCCCCGAUGAAAAGGUCACUAGUUCUAAUGUACCGUGAUCAUCAAGAAAAGGAUAUUAACAAUUUUAUACAGUGUUUUAUAACUCCGUAGUUGUAUGUGGAGAAAAUGAUGGUUUUUCAAAGCUACUGCUAUUGUCCUGGGUAUUUCAUAACAGAAUUAAAAACAGUGGAUUAGUGUUGUACAACUUUAUAACAUUGUUUUACAAUAAAUCACAAAAUAAAUUAA